GACAUCUGUCUGUCUGUUUAUUGUUGUUAUUCAAAAUAACUGCUUGGAUUAAUGCGAGAAGUUAGUAAUACAAGUAGAAACACGGAGUAUAUUAUGGGCUCGAUAAGAUUAAAAGGAGUUCGAGCAUUUGCCUUUUAUGGAGGAAUAGUUGGGUUUAUUGGAGCUGCUUUGUAUCCAAUUGUUAUAUACCCUUAUUUUCAUGUUGAUGAAUACAAAGAAGUACAGAAAAUAAACCGUGCUGGUAUUGAUCAAGAAGCAAUACAGCCGGGAGGUAUGAAAGUUUGGACUGAUCCUUUUGAUAGAAGGAAGUGAACUGUUAUGCGACAGGCAACAAGAGCAGGAAUUCAGGAGGAAUUUUCCUGCAUACUACUUUCUUGUUUAGGAGAUGUUUAUAUACUAUGUUCGUACUUAUUUUAGAUAUGUCAGACUUUCAUUGUAUAUAAAAUAUUUUGUGUAAAAUAAAAAUAUUUAAAUGUGA